AUGGCCAGUCGUGGCUUUGAGUUGCCAACGAGGUCCACGCCAUUCACAGUCUGUUGCGCGGAAGAGGACUUGGACGAGAUCCAGGAGUGGUUUGACAGCCGCACCAAGCCAUGGAUGGCCACUGUGCAGCCAGUUCCAGAAGAGUUGCCAGAAGAAGGGCCGAGCGCGGUGGGGCACUUCCUCUUCUCGGUAUCUCCCUUGCUGGAGGACUCUGAGUAUCUUCUGGAAGAGCUCCGCAUGCGUCAUUUGCCGGAGGUGCCCAAAGCCUUGGAUGUGGGCUGUGGCUCGGGGCGGGAAGCCAUCCUGCUGGCCACCCGCGGCUGGAAGGUCACAGCUCUGGACAGAGAUCAGAGAGCAUUGGACCGCCUUGGUACAUUGGCUGAGCGGCAGGCUGCGGUGCAGGCAUGCAGCGUGCGGCCAAGGAGUGACAUGCACCGGCUUUGGCAGGCAAGGCAAGGCUGCGGUGCACCGGCUUUGGCAGGCAAGGCUGCGGUGCAGGCAUGCAGCAUGCGGCCAAAGUCGUUGGUGAUGGGCUGCAAUGAAAUUUGCGGUUCCGUGUGCUGCACACUGGCUGACUCGGGAGACCUGCUGGCUGCGGUGGAGGAGCUCGGGCACUUCCAGUUGGUGAUGGUGAAUCGGCACCUCCAUCGGCCCACUCUGCUGGAAAUCGUUGACCUGCUAGCGCCUGGAGGCUUGCUUCUCUUUCACACCUUCAUGGAAGGCUGCUCCCAUCCCAAAGACCCUGAGCACCUCUUGCGGCCGGGUGAGCUUAGCAGAACCUUUGGCAAUGCUUUGGAGCUUCUGAGGGACGAGGAGCUGCCUGGCGAAGACGGCCGAGUCAUGUCCUUCUUUGUGGCGCGAAAGCGGAGCUGA